AUGGAUAAUAUCAGCGAUGAUGAAAUCGAGGAUGAAUUCCUCUACGAAGUCGAAGAAGAAUUCAACAACCCCUUCCUCCACUUCCCCCCUCCCUCGCCAUCCCCCUCCUCCUCUUCUCAAGACCAACCUGACGCCAUUGCAAUCGCUUCGCCCGCCGAAUUCACCUUCAAUACCAGUAUCGCCUCUUUGCACACAUAUCUCGGUGACGUGGAAGACACGCGCCACCGGACUUCUUUUUUGGAUGGCGGUGCUAUAUUGAACAUUCCACUCUUUUGUCUUCAAGGCGUUGUACUCUUUCCUGGGGCUACUCUUCCCCUUAGGGUUACUGUUUCUCGUUUUGUGACUGCUAUUGAGAGAGCUUUGAGUCAAGUUGAUGUUCCUUAUACCAUUGCUGUCAUUCGGGUUCACAGGGAAACUGGAAGUUUUACGAUGAAAGCGGCUAGCAUUGGGACAACUGCAGUGAUUCGGCAAUAUGGGCGUCUAGAGGAUGGUUCGAUGAAUGUGGUGAGCCGUGGACAACAACGAUUUCACCUAAGGCGGUGUUGGAAUGACGUGGACGGAGUGCCUUAUGGAGAGAUCCAAAUUAUUGAGGAAGAUUUACCAUUGCGAACUCCAAGGGAUGCUUUUGGCAAAUCAGCAUCAUCAUGUAAUAUGCUUCGCAGCCGUGUUAAAAUGCAUGGAUUAAAAAACAGGGAAAAUGAAUUAGCAAACAGUAGUGAUAUGAUGGAUGUAUCAGCAAGCACUAGUGAUCAGGAAAUAAGAUCCAAUUUGGAUUCGAGAAUUGGGAUCUGUUCCACUUCUGGAAAGCUGUCAUCCAAAGAAGAGCUUAAUAGAUGCUAUAAGAAUAAACCAUCACAUAUAAUUUCAAAAGUAUUCUUACCCCACUGGGUAUAUCGCAUGUAUGACUCCUAUUUGCUUGCACAAAAGGCCGCAGAUAUGUGGAAGCAAAUAGUUGGGGUUCCUAGUAUGGAUAGUCUCAUCAAGAAGCCUGAUGUUUUAUCAUUUCACAUCGCCAGUAAAAUACCUGUUUCUGAAUCUACAAGGCAAGAGCUUUUAGAUAUCGAUGGCAUCGUAUAUAGGUUGCGCAGGGAAAUUGAAUUACUAGAGAGCAUUGAUCUUGUCCGAUGUAAAAUAUGCCAAACUACAAUUGCAAAACGAAGUGAUAUGUUGGUGAUGUCAAAUGAGGGUCCUCUUGGGGCCUAUGUAAAUCCUGACGGUUAUGUACACGAGAUAAUGACUCUUUACAAAGCCAAUGGUUUAGCUCUCAUCGGGCCAGCAGUUACAGAAUACAGCUGGUUUCCCGGAUAUGCAUGGACAAUUGCUAUUUGUACCACAUGUAGAACCCAAAUGGGAUGGCUUUUUACAACCACCAACAAAAAACUGAGACCUGCUUCAUUUUGGGGUAUUCGGAGCUGUCAACUUGCAGAAGAAACACGCCGAAACGUUUAG